AUGGCUCCUAGACCACGGCAGACUUGUGGUACAUUAAAAUCUUGGAAACGAGUUAAAGACCAAUCCGGAAAUCCAAAGGUUUUUGAAUUUGCGGAAUAUGCUGAUGUUGAUAGACAGUGUACUGCGUGCUUUGCAUGUACUUGGUGGUGAAGGUUCGGGUGAUGAUAAAAAGUUAAUAGUUAAAUACCGAUGAAAAUACAAGAAAAUGAUAUAUUGCUCAAUAUGAAGCUUCAAGGCUGGGAACGGUGUAAAUUUGCAGCAUGAAAAUAAACUAGCUCAUCGAACAUCACCAGCUACAGAAAU